AUGCCGCGGAAACGCAACAAGGCUCUCGUUCCAGGCGUACUGUGGCGCCUGUUCCACCAUCGAGCACGAACCCUCUUAGACACCAUCAUAUCCUUGCUUCCUUCUCCGCCGCCGUCGCCGGAGAUUUGCCGCUGCCACGGCCGCCGUUGCCUUGGCUGCAGCCUCGACGCCAGGACCUUCCUCCUCCGACCAGAUGAUCCCUCUGAUUACCGCAGACUCCUUGCAAAAUGCUACAUCGUCGUUUCCGAAAACGCACCUUCAAUCACGUCCUUCAACCCACACUUCGGCUCGCGCCAAGAUCAGAUUGUGAAGAGGACCGUUGAACAAAUGCUGCAUCAAAGGCAACCAGCCUUUUCCAAUGUGUUGUGCUCUGGAUAUGAUAGGAGUAAAUGUUCCAGCCCCAUUGUGGAGCUUUUAUCCUGUUCAUCGUGGUGUCUCUUGUUAAGUAGGGUUGGAGAUGAUUUUAUGGUUUACCUACUAAGGAACACAUCAAUAUUCUUACCAGUUCCCCAUGGAAAACACCACCAGGUGGGAGGUCCUCCAAUCAGUCGCCUAUGCUUUGAUAUGUUGAAGUGUUUGCCAAAGUUUGGCUAUCAGCAUUCUUCACUUCAUAAAUGUGGAGCUCAAAAGAGAAAAAGAGCUGAUGUUGAUGACUUACCUGUAGAGAAACAAAAGUGCCAUAUUUCACACAGUAACAAUAGUCCUCUGGCCUUUUCAAGUAGUCUUGGCUUAAUCUGUCAGUCUUCAAUGCAACUGAGCAGGCACCAAGGGAGCAGGAAUUAUGAUGUUAGCAUCUCUGAAGAUCGUAAGUUAACAAGAACUGGAACUGUUACAAGGAAGUUGGAGUCAGAAGGGAAACAAGGCCCGAAUUGUAAUACACCUAAGCUUGGAAAGCGUUCUAGGCCAUUUAGUUGGCAGCGGCGAAGGUACAAAAAGCAGAAGGAAUUAACCUAUGAAGAAAACAGUCUAAAUACACAUUGCAAUAUGCUUCCUACUAAUACAGAUUGCUUGCAUGCUAGUUUUCAGCGUGACAACACCAGAAGCUAUGAUGCAAAACUACAGAUGUUGCGGCAAUGUUCUUGCUGUUUAAUCUUGCAAUCAGUUCCAACUGUUCCUAAGAGGACUGAUAUCAAAAGGCUAUCCAUUUUUUAUAACCUGGAGUCUUCAUGUUCAGUUCUUCCAAAGAAACAUAUUUUAUAUUCCUUAAGGCCAAAUUUGGCUUCUUCGAAGUAUCUCAUUGGCAAUAUUUUUGGCUUCUCAGACGUAAAUCCCAGUGCCCAGCCAAUGCCUUGUUUGCACAGAAGUGGUUCAUGUCUCAUUAACUUUGGAUGCCUGUAUCACUCUCUUGUUAAGUGGUUUAAGCAUCUCAUUUGUAGGACACGGUGUUGCCAGCAUACAGAGCUCUUGUAUAAGCAUUGUGUUGUUCCAUCAUUGGAUCAACAUAUGAUUGGAAGAUCUAGCUCCAGGCUUAAGGACAGUGCAUUAGAGACAAAAGUGCACAAGAAAUCUCAAGAAUGUGGUACUAGACAUUGUGCAGAUACUGUGGAAACAAUAGAUUCACAGUGUGAGGCAGUUAAGUCAUACUGCUCAAAAGGUCAAGUGGUAUCUUUCAUUUGGGCUGUAUGUAGAAGUUUACUUCCUUCUGAAUUACUGGGUACUCCUUCUAAUUGGAGAAUAAUGAGGAGAAAUAUUUCCAAGUUCAUAAAUUUGCGUCGAUUUGAGAAAUUCCCUUUAAGGCUAUGUAUGCAUGAACUGAAAACAUCGAGGUUUCCUUUCCUAACAAAUAAAUAUUUCUUGAAUAGCCAAAAUGCUUGUGUUCUAAAGUAUAUAGAAGGGCAAAAUAAAGAAUUCAGAAGUUGGAAUGAUGCUGUAUAUGGUGUCAAACGUAAGCUUUUGGAGAAGUGGAUCUUCUGGUAUUUCUCUUGUCUGGUUGUACCUUUGGUACAAGCAAACUUCUAUGUAACUGAAAGUGAUCAAGGGAAACAAGAUAUUUACUAUUAUCCAAAACCAGUUUGGGAGAAGUUGGCCGAUAGCACCAUUGCUUGCUUCAAAGACUGGAGAUACAGUUACCUGGAUGAUGUGGCUGUACAUAAUAUUCUUAAAGGCAGACCAUUUGGGUUUUCAAAGCUUAGACUUCAACCAAAAGAAAAUGGAGUUAGGAUGGUUGCAAAUCUGAAAGGUUCUUCUAGAAUGCCAUUACGUGUGUCCACUACAGGAGUUCAAUAUUGCAAAACAGAUAGGGAAGUGAAACACCAGAAAAUCAAGGGGGAACAUUAUCAGUCUGUGAAUUCUGUUCUUCGUGAUGCCCAUACUAUUCUAAAAGGAAUUCUGUUCAAGGAGCCUGAGAAGUUAGGUUCUUCCGUGUUUGACUACAAUGAUGUUUACAAAAAAUUGUGCGCAUUUUUGGUUGGCAUAAAGAAGCGAUCAGGAUCUAUGCCUGGUUUUUUCGUUGUCACAUCCGAUGUGUUGAAAGCAUUUGAUUCUGUUGAUCAGGACAAGCUGCUUGGCUUAAUGGAAAAUGUUAUACUGAAAGAUGAAUAUAUUCUUAAACAGUAUGAUCAAGUUGUUUGCACAAAGAAAUCUCUGUGGGUUCAAAAGCAAUUUAGAAUGCUGGAUGGAAGUAGCAACAUUGGCCGUACACGAUUCACUUCCUUUGCUUCCUUUCAUUCCCGACAUGCUGUCUUUGUUGACCAGGGGCGGUGGAAGCAGGUGAAAAAGAAAGUGCUGUUUUCAUAUCUUAUGGAGCAUGUGAAGCACAAUGUGUUACAAUUUGAUGGAAAAUUUUACUUGCAAGAUGUUGGUAUUCCCCAGGGAGGGGUUUUGUCUUCCUUGCUUUGCUCCAUAUAUUAUGGACACUUGGAGACACACACAAUAUUUCCAUUUCUUGAAAAAACACUUAAAUCUGGCAGUUGCAAGGAGAAUAAUGCUGAGCACACCAACUUCUAUGAUGAAGUCUCAUCUCCUUGUUACAUGCUAAUGCGAUUCAUUGAUGAUUUUCUUUUCAUAUCAACCUCAAAGAAGCAGGCAGCUAGCUUUUUUUCCAGGCUACAAAGAGGAUUUCGUGGUUACAACUGCUACAUGAAUGAGAAAAAGUUUGGUGCAAACUUUGAUGUAGAACAGAUAUCAGGAUCCCCAUUGAACAGGGUUUAUGUGGGUGAAGAUGAUGCUACUUCCUUUCUUAGAUGGAGUGGUCUUCUUAUCAAUUGCUCCACUAUGGAAAUUCAGGCUGACUACAUGAAGUACUUGAAUAACCAUUUAAGUUCAACACUCACUGUUUGCUGGCAAGGUAAACCAGGCAUUCAUCUGAAGGAGAAGUUGCGUCUCUUUCUAAGACCUAAAUGCCAUCCUAUAUUCUUUGAUUCAAAUAUAAAUUCAGCAGCUGUUGUCAGAUUAAAUGUUUAUCAAGUGUUUUUGUUAUGUGCGAUGAAGUUUCAUUGUUAUAUUCGGGAUCUAUCAGUCAUCUGCAAAUUUCCCAAAAGAUAUUGUGCAGAUAUUAUUCUGGAAUCUUUGAGAUAUAUGCACCUGCUGAUAAAGAAAAGGAUGCAUUCAAUGCGUCUUAAUUCAGAUGUGCAGCCCAUUCUUAAAUUGGAGAAGAAAGAAGUGGAAUGGCUUGGGUUUCAUGCUUACAUACAAGUACUAAAGAGAAAGGAAUCACGUCAUAAGGUGUUAUUGGCAGUUUUGAGGUCAAGGUUGUUAUCACAUAGAAUGUCUGGUAGAUUGUCACCUGAACUGAAGUAUGCGAUUAACACCAAAAACUCCUCUUUGCUUUGGGACAUCAAGUAUUAGUUCCUAAAGGUGAGAGACAAUCCUUCUCCAACAUGAUAGCGUGAU